GGGCCCCGUGCAGGCGUGCAAAACCUGGCGAUGGGCUGAGGUUUACAAACAGUAGGGGGAUAACAAUGGAGAAGUUGUGUUUGUGAGGAGUUUUGGGGAAAGUUUUGGGGCCAAAAAAAAACUUUCCCUUCCUUGCACGGAUGCGGUUUCGGGAAUCGACAACAUGUAAGUUUUAUUAAGAAGCUCACCUACUCAGCUUAACACCCACCUAACAACAGAGCAGUUUGAAGCUUUGCCAAGAAUUAAGUUUUUUUUUUUUUUUUUUUUUAAAGACUGAUUGCUUGUUGGAUUUCUCGCCGUUUUUGGCUGCGGUGUGGAAAUGGACCACAACUCAAAAAGCUGCCUGGAUGUUUAAUAUCCGUGGAGUUAAAAUGUGUGCGUGAACUGUAACAAAGAAAGACAUGAACAAUGGCAGAAAGAGAGAGGAAGAAUGCGGCUGUGUAUCGCAGCGUCUCUUUCAAAAAGUUGGGGUCCUGGGGCGCCAACAGGAGCGAAGACCAGCAACACAAAUCAGAGGAUUUGGAGGCAGUUGGCGUCGCCCUUCCCCCGGAGCCCAGCAAAGCAGAACAGCCCUUGGCGACGCGUAAUGUCAGUGUGUCAAGAAAAGUUUCCAAAAUCUCUGCCACCACCGCCGGCCUCCCAACCGCAGACCCAAAGAGAGGCUCCUCCGCUCUCCUCUCCUCUAUUUCUCCAUCCAUCCGCCAGCUAACUGAGAAGUUCAGCAGCAGCGGCUCCGCCAGGACGCACGGAGCCUCACCGGGAGACUGUGCGGCGGUGACGCGGGGGAGCAGCACUCUUCCCCGGGCACGGAGCUCCAGGAGAGACGGCUCUCCGACUUGUAAAGUUUUUCACGAGGACAACUGCGGUGGAUAUUUCCAGGAUAGCGAUACUACAACCGCAGAGCCGGUUUUAGAGAAUAAAGUGCAGAAGUUUCACUCUGGCACCGACUCUGUGUCAGGCUCUGACUCAGAGAGGAGAAGUGAGAGGAGGAUUUUUACAAGUUUAUCGACCGACAGCAGCAGCAGCUCUGGUAAGAGAGAUUAUUCACAGAUCUAUGCACGUCCCUCUGAUCUCAGAAAGACUUUGACCACAGAUGAAGAAGAGGAUGUUAGCAGUAGAGUGCUUCCUCCACCCUGUAAGUCUCACAGAACUUAUUUGUCCACACACCACAGUGACUUUAUUCCCCUGCACUCUGACAAGUGGCCCAGUGUUACCAAAAUUAGGCAACUUUUUGAUGAGAAACAAAACAAAGCUACUGACGCUUAUGAGCAUUUAAAAGCAGCUGACAGAGGCCAUCUACAUGAGCACGGCCUCAGUGACAGUGCUCUUCUCUCUGACAAAAGUGGCAAACUGUCCCCUUGCAGCGCUGCUAAUGAAGCUGGGAUCCUGUCUUUGCAUGACAAAUGCAUAGUUGGAGCACAAAGCAGAGACACUAAAGAGACUUUUUGUUAUGGUAUGGACUUUAAUUCCAAAGCUGACCACCAUCAAUACUCAAACGAUGAGGAGGCAGGAAUAGAGACACCCAGUGAAAGUAACAAAGUGUCUGGCAGAAAUACUUUUGGAAGCAGCAGCAGUAGCAGUCGUAGUCACACUGGGGGUAGCCACUACCGUAGGAUUAUCUCAUCUCCAUACAGAUCUCAUAGUCCCAGCACUGGAGCAGAGGCAACCCGUAAGACCCCCAGGACGACAGGACUGACAUCUGACCCCAACCCUGACCUUCAACCCCCUGCUACUUCGUCUUGGAGUCAAUCGGUGAUCUUAGACACCUCCUCCUGCUCCUCCUCUCUUGAGCAGUCGACAGUGAGGGAGAGAAGGGAUAGACAGGGGGUCGGGCUGCCCAGGGAUAGUUUACAUUCCUCACAUAGCUCCUCUAGAGCACCAGCCCCCACCUCUUCCUCCCCCUCCUUUGCUCCAGCUCCAGAUAAAGCCAUUACCUCCUCCUCUACUGUAGCUCCCUCCGCUGAGCUCAGAGCCCCAGCAAGAGUUGUUUCUCCCCUCAGCUCCCGCUGGAGGUUUAGCUCUGGAGACGAAGAGGAGGAGCACACUAGGAGAAGAAGAGGAGGCAGUUGGAGUGUUCCCUCUGGCCCCUCUGCUUCCACCUCCAGCGGAGGAGGAGAGAGGGGUGCCACAGAGCGAGGAGGCAGCUAUUUAUCCCGCAGUAAAAAUGGCUGGUGGGGUGCUAAGGGCAUUGGCAGGUCCUCUGGCAGUGAGGAGGACAGUCCUGGUUCUUUAGGCCCCCACUGCCGAGAGGCAGUGCGCCGCCGCUCGCUAAGAAAGAAGAAGAAGGUCAGUGGGGCUGCUGCAGCAACAGGCCGUGAUGAUUACAAUGAUCAUGAUGGCGAAUCAGAAGACAGUGACAGUGACACGGCCUUGACAAUGGAGCACUUAGAGAGACACCGCCAGCAAAACACAGGAGGAGAAUUUGCAGGGACUGUAUCUCGGAGCCACUCGGCAAGAGAAUCCAGUGGUCAUAGUAACAGAGCCAGGGUGCAGCAAUGGGAGCGCAUCUCCUCACCCGUGACCUCCACGACACUUCCUGGUGUGUCACGAGUGUCAAAGGUCAACAUACCCCCAUUUGUUUCCAGUCCUGGCGAUUCUCGUUGCAGCAGUCGGUACUCGAGCACUGAGACACUGAAAGAAGAGGACCAGGCUGCCUCUGCCAACCGUACAGCAAAUGUGUUUUUUAAUGUGGGUGGAGCAGGAGGUAGCACUGGCAGAGCCGCGUCCUCAUCCAUGCUGAGUAAAACCUAUCAUGGGAAUUUCACCAUGUACCGCUCCCCAAGCUUUGGCCAUGGGGAUAACUUCUCCCGUAACCCUGUGCGUGUGCGCCCCAAGAUUGUGCCAACAGUAACCCCCUUGCCUAGUGUACUUUCGAGAGAAGGUGGGGUAUCUUCAGGGGUUAGAGGCGGUGAAGCCAUGGUAGGAAGGAAAACAACAGGAGGGGGCAGGGUCAAUGAUAAGGACAAAAGCCCAAUAUCCAUGUCCAACCCUGAUAUCACCUCAGAAACCAUGACACUCUUAAGCUUUCUGAAAUCUGACCUGUCAGAGCUUAAGGUGCGGAAAACAAGCGGAGGGGACAGGUCUGGGGCUGUGGAGGGGUCAUCAGUGUACAGGACGGGCUCAGGGACUCACGGCGGGACCCUUCUACCUUCUGGCCGCCGCCCUUCAUUAAAAGACCUGACUGCCACUCUGCGGCGUGCAAAAUCCUUCACUUAUUCAGAUAAACCAACAACAACCGUGAGGUGCUACUUGACAGGUGGCACCACAAAGAGGAGCUCCUCUGAGCAGCAGCUUGAUGUGGAUCAAGACAGGAGUGGAGGGAGAGUGGUGUUAUCAGACAGGGAAGUAGAAAGUGAUGGGGGGGAUUUUAGGGUUGGGAGAGGACAGAGAAUAAGGGAUUAUGGAUUUGAUGAUGAUGAAGUGAUGCCAACUCCACUGCAGGAGAGGUAUGUGCAGGAAGCCAGGCAGGUCAUUCGAGACAUCUGCCAGAUGAGCACGAGGGAAGACGAUGAUGAUGUAGAUGUAGGAAGAACUGAUGAUAAUUUUGGGACUGAGUGUUUACAGGUUAAGAAAACAAAUGAAGAGAAGGAGAAAGCUGGAGGGUGCAUUAAGGAUGAGGCUCGGGCGGAUCAAGAGGCUGAGUUUGAGAACACAAAAGACACGGAUAAACAUAAGAGGGAGAGAGAGAACAGGGAGAGGGAGAGGAGUGAGAGGGAUGGACAAAGUAUACAGUCGGAGAAGCUUAGCAGCAGGGGCACAGAGUACUGGGAGAAGUCAAAGAGACAAAGCCGAGAGCUGGAGAGAGCCUUACUGAAGGGGGACUCAGAAGAAAGUAUGUUCUACGACCGCUCUGUGGAUGAACUUUCAGGCCACGAGUCAAGUUUAACGGAUGAAGGGAUCGUGACAGAGCCAGAGACAGGCCCCAGUGACCUCUCCGAAAGGUUGUUCAUGGGCUCAGCAGGGGUUAAUUUAGGGUCAAGAAUAGUUAGGGAUGUCCUCGGGCAGCCUGUCACUGUAUGGAAGCAGUCGGCUCUCCAUGAGGUGGAAGGGUUCAAGCAGGAGGGAGAAAAGAUGACAGAGAACAGCUUGAGUUGUACAAAUCGUCUGAAUGAAGUCAGUGUACCUCGCUCCUUGCCUCUUCCUGCUCGCAUGGCUGAGAGUGACAGUCUUAUCAUGGAGCUGAGCGCUACCACUGGUAUCAACAACAAUAACACUGCCAGUGAGGGGAUCCACACCAACAGUGCCGUGUCACAGGGGUCAGCAGCUACCACAGGAGGAGGAGGAGGAGGAGGGGGAGGAUUUGAAGCCCCUGCAACCCCAAGUGCUCUUCGUCGAAGGCGCAAGUUCUCCCCUUCUGGUAACAAUAACACAGGCUCUGAUUCCAGUAAUGGCAGUCAUGUGGAGUCAACAAUGGCAGCUGUAGGAAAUGGGGAGUCCACAGUCUACCGCUCUCUCAGUGACCCCAUGCCUCAGCGACGCUGUUCCGUCACAGAGGAGGGGAACAAUUUUUCUUCUGUAGACAGCAACCUGUUAGGAUCCCUGUCUGUCAAAGGAGGGGGGGGAGGUGCUCCUGAGGCCUCGACUGGAGCCACAUCGUCAGAAGACAAGGGCAGCAUAGCCAGUGACUUGUCAAUUUGCAGUGAUGGUGGCCUCCGUGAUGAUGCUAUCCGUGACUACAGUGGGGUGAUCAGGAACAUCGUAGCUGAGCCAGGUGCAAUGGACAGAUUGAUGACAGAUGACCACGGCAACGGCAAAGCCCCCAAGAAGAAGUCCUUCAGUGACCCCAGUCGCCGUAGCGAUGCCCCUUUACUUUCCCAGAAUGACCCUAAGCUCAAAGGUCAGACUGGCAGCACCCAACCAAUCAGUGAGCUCGAUCAACCUGGACAGAUUCCACCUUCCAGCAGCGAGCCAAUCCUGAGCGAGCAGAGAGAGGAACUGUGGGAGCCGGAGACUAAGCCUCCACACACACUGCCGCCACAGCUGCACCAACAUCCAAACAGCAGCAAUAAAGUCAAGAUGGCUCGCUCCCAGUCAGACUGCACCCCUCCCUCUGAUAACCACGAUGAUGAAGAUGAUGAUGUAAUAGACCAAGGUGAGGAGGAGGAGGUGCAGAAGUUUAACUUUGACCUCAAGCUGGCCGAGGUUCUAUCUCCUAGAAUGAUUCGACGGCCCACCAGAAAACGUCCAAACAGGUUGGCGUUUUUCCCCCAUGAGGACCCAUUUGAGCCCCCAGAGCUGGGAUUAGAGGGGCAGGAGGAUAACAGCAACCAAACAAAGCUCAGUUGUCCUCUUCCGCCUCCACGUCUGCAAUCUAAAGCCAAAACCAUACCCAAGCAUAUUCGCCAUGCCAGCGAACCCGCCACCUUCAUCCCCAUCUCCCCACCUCCACAGCUCCAGCCCCUGAAGGAAGCAGACUGCAGAUCCGCAGCAGAACCUCCAAACUUAACUAGACCUCCAGGAGACGAGGCUCCAUCUUUGGAGGAUGUGACACAGAAGUAUAUUCUUGAACUGAGCUCCUCUGAGAGAGACGCUGAGGGCUCGGGGCCUCUUCCAGUUGCCAAGGAUGGAGCUCAAGGUUCAGAGGGGCCCGGCGAGACCACCACCAGUGGAGUUACAGAAGCUGGACCUCAGAAGAAAGGCACAGAGGACACUGCUUCCGUACCUGCUCCACAGAGGACCAAGCCCAGAGUGGACAUGAGGAAACAUGUGAUGAUGACCCUCCUGGACACAGAGCAGUCAUAUGUGGAGUCACUACGCACUCUAAUUCAGGGCUACAUGCGUCCUCUCAAACAGCCGGACAGCGGCUCCAUUGUGGACCCUCUCCUAGUGGACGAGAUGUUCUACCAGAUCCCAGAAAUCCUGGAGCACCACGAGCACUUCCUGGACCAGGUCUCUGGCUGCGUCAGCCAAUGGCACGACAGGCAGACCGUUGGACACCUCCUUAUCCAAUCAUUCUCCAAAGAGACUCUGGCGAAUAUGUAUUCUGCGUACAUUGACAACUUUCUCAACGCCAAAGAUGCUGUGAGGAUUGCCAAGGAGGCCAAGCCAGCGUUUCACAAGUUUCUGGAGCAAAACAUGCGUGAGAACAAAGAGAAACAGGCGCUGGGCGAUCUGAUGAUUAAGCCGGUGCAGAGGAUUCCUCGAUACGAACUGCUGGUUAAGGACUUGUUGAAGCACACUCCAGAGGAUCAUCCGGACCAUCAAUUCUUACUGGACGCCCAGAGGGACAUCAAGCGUUUGGCAGAGAAGAUCAAUAAGGGACGUCGCUCUGCUGAAGAGGCAGAGAGGGAAGCCAGGGUCAUCCAGGAGAUUGAGGCGCACAUAGAGGGAGUUGAACAUAUUCUGAACCCCCAGAGGAAGUUCUUGAGGCAGGAAAUAGUCAUGGAAGCGAAGACAGUGGGUGGGAAGAAAGACCGUUCUCUCUUCCUCUUCAGCGAUCUGAUCAUCUGCACCACUCUCAAGAGGAAGUCUGGCUCAUUAAGACGCAGCUCCAUGAGCCUAUACUCUGCUGCAAGUGUGAUAGAUACCUCCAGUAAAUACAAAUUCUUGUGGAAACUUCCUCUGGAGGAUGUGGAGGUGGUGAAAAACACUACUCAGGCAACAAAUAAGGAAAGCAUCCAGAAGAUGAUUAGCCGGUUAGAUGAGGAUCUCAGCACGCUUGGUCAGAUCAGCAAACUGUCAGAGACCCUCAGCUUCCCACACCAGUCCCUAGACGAGGUAAUAAAGGAUCUGAUGGCGUCAGUGCACAGGGAGCUGUCAGAGAAACAGUCUUUGGCUUUCAGUAUGACUUUCCUGCCCACAAAGCUGGAGUUUACCACGGCUUCUGCUGAGAGCAGCUUCGUCUUCGAGUUUACAACACCUGACGCUCGCUCCAGCUUUGAACAGGCCUUUGAGGAUGCCAAGAAGAAGCUAGCAAUGAAUAAGGACCAAUGGGAUCCAGAGUUCCUGAAGGCCAUUCCUAUAAUGAAGACCCGCAGUGGAAUGCAGUUUUCGUGUGCCUCUCCCAGCCACAGCUGUCCAGACAGCGGCUGCGAAGUGUGGGUGUGUAACAGUGAUGGAUAUGUGGGACAGGUUUGUCUGUUGAACAUCAAAGAUGAGCCUACAGUGGAGGCCUGUAUUGCCGUCUGCUCAGCAAGGAUCAUAUGUAUUGCUGCAGUACCAGGACUCAAAGGAAGGGAGCGUGGAUCAGAGCCUGCUGUUGUCCCUAUUUCUGGAGCGCCAGGUCACAACCAGCAGCAGCUUCACAUAUCCAUUUCUCAUUCAACUCUACAGCUCACGGAACAACCUACAGGACCAGGGGCAGAGCUUGUUCCAUUUGACAGCGAUGACACGGAUGAUGAAGAUUCACCCAGUCCCUCUUCCACUCUGCAGAGUCAGGCCAGUCACUCCACCAUAUCAUCCAGCUAUGGCAAUGAUGAAGGUCCAAGCUCAAAGGAUAUGGCUACAGAGACCACCAGCAGUGAGGAGGAGCAGGAGUUCCCGGUAGCAAGCUCCUAUGGAGCUCAAGGGAUGUUAGGAGUCGGUGGAGGAAGCCGUGCCCACACAGAGAGCCCCAUGGACGGUCGUGCCAUGCGUCGAUCCUCUCGGGGAUCUUUCACUCGGGCGAGUCUGGAGGAUCUGCUCAGUAUCGACCCAGAGGCCUACCAGAGCUCAGUGUGGCUCGGCACAGAGGAUGGAUGCAUCCACGUGUACCAGUCUUCGGACAACAUCCGCAACCGUAAAAACAGCAUGAAGAUGCAACACUCAGCUUCCAUCCUUUGUAUACUAUAUUUGGACAACAAAGUGUUUGUGUCGUUGGCAAAUGGGGAGGUGAUUGUCUAUCAGAGAGAAGCAGGUAGUUUCUGGGACCCUCAGUCUUCUCAGACGUUGGUUCUGGGUACACCCAGCAGUCCUGUCACCAAAAUGGUCCCUGUGGGAGGGAAGCUCUGGUGUGGUUCACAGAACAGAGUCCUUAUUAUCAACACAACCUCACUGGUACAAGAGCACUGGUUCCAGGUGGGCACUGACAGCAGUCGGUGUAUGACGUGCAUGGUGGCGUACGGUCAGGGUGUGUGGUUGGCGUUACAGGGCAGCGCACAGGUCAGACUUUACCACGCUCAGACUUGGGAGAGCCUGACAGAGGUGGACGUGGCGCCUGCUGUGCACAAGAUGCUUGCAGGUGCAGAUGCAAUCAUCAGACAGCACAAGGCCGCCUGUCUGAGAAUCACAGCCCUGCUGGCCUGUAAGGAUCUACUGUGGAUCGGCACCAGUGCAGGGGUAGUUCUUACAUUGGCAAUCCCAGCGGUGAGCUCAGGAACUGUUGCUGGGACACUGAAGUCUCCCCUGGUACCAAUGGGCUCGGCUCACGGACACACAGGCCACGUUCGGUUCCUGACAUCAAUCGAACUACCAGAAGGGUUUGACAUGAACUUCCCUCCUUCAACAGCUGACUCCACAGGUAAUCAGUCCCAGAGCAGCAGCACAGUAGACGGGAGCCUCCAAAGAUGUGAUUCUGCACGCCGCCGAGCCUCUGCCCACAUCCCUCCUAAAACAAACCAUUUAGUCAUUUCUGGUGGCGACGGCUAUGAGGAUUUCAGACUGACCAAUAGCAGUGAAACAGUUGGACGGGACGACAGUACUAACCAUCUUUUGCUGUGGAGGGUCUGAGACAAUCGAACACAGAGUCUGACAUAUCUCGCUGCAGUUGGCACACUAGCUCCUGUCCUUUAAUCGCAUCAGACUCCUCACUUUUUGGUGUUGUUGUUUUGGUCUUCUGCCUGGUCCACCAGUCUCUAUGUGCAUAUUAUGGCUGUCAGCUCCUUCCUGGACUUGCUAGUGAAUAUGAUCACGUCAGACCAAGUUUUCUUGUGUUAAUGUUUCUGAUGGUGUGCAUGUCUGUGCGUGUGUAUUUUGUUUUUUUGGCAUCUGCAAGUAUUGUCUAAAAAAAAGUGUCUUUAGACUCGAAUUUUUACUAUUAGAGACAGAAGAUGACAGAGAAGGGAACAACUACACUUUCACAGAUGGACACAUGUUCAGACUGAGAACGCACAGAAGUGGACCUGGAUUCUGCAAAGUGUCAUUGCACAGGAGGAUGAAAGAGGACGUUUGAGUACACUUUGACAUGAAUGAAGCAUAGCAUGCACUUCUCCUUUGAGAUUCUCUGUUUUUUGGACUUGGACAUCAACUCUUUAUUCCAUCAUCCAAUCAUCUUAACUUGAACUUCAGACUAAAAGACUCCUGAUGAUCAGAGGUAAAUUUCAUGACAAAAUAUUUGAAUAUCUAUGGAUGGUAACUAACUAUGAACAGUAACUGUAGUUUGAUGGAUAUUGUGAACUACGAAUUUGAAUUUAGAUUUUUUUUUUUGUUUUUUUUUCCAAGCUAGACACCAAGAUUAGUGAUAAGGUUAAGAUGAUGUCUUUUAAAGGAGCAAAGGACAAAGUGUUUUGCGCCUUAAACGUGAUUGGUGAGGUUUGGACUACCACAUCUUUCUGACUCCAACAGAGAUGUGAUAUCAACUCCAUGAUCAUUGAUCAUAAAUGUAAGACUGCUAACAUCAUCUUUCCUCCUGUAGAGGGAGAGUGGGUAAGAGCAUCAUUUAAGUGCAAUAUGUGGCAAGAGUAUCUAAGUAGACUAUAAACACAUAUAGUCCCAUACAUUAAUGCACCGCCUUCACUCACCGAGUCAGAAGACAUUUGUGAAAAACACACCUGUGUUUUACAAAGAUAUUCAAUUUUCGUAUUUAAUUUUUGCCAGUUUAAGACGACAUAAAAGUAGAAGAAGCAGUGUCCCUCUACUGGUAGAACAAAGUGCAUUGGAGACAUUCCUCCUUAACACAACUAUGCCAAAGCCUUGUAUGUGUUGAAGACAUCAAGGGGUCUGAAAAGAUUUCUUUUGCCAUGACGUUUCAGUUUGUUAAGCGUUCUGUCACGAGGGACAGGGACUCUUUAAAGAUGACGCUAGGCUGUGGUAGCAGAAAAAGAUAGUUAUGUACAGUAUUUAUGGUUUUUGAUUUUAGCGCCUUCUUUUACAGCACUUAAUUUAUAGAAGAUGUAGCUUUCACUUUUUUUGUUUGUUUUUGAACUGAAGAACAAAGAGGCCUUGGUUUAAUUACUAGAACAGAUUAAAGGGCAUAGAUUGGCUCGGGCAGACAGACAUGCACACUACGGAUGUAAGAAUACAGUUGGAUCUCGGUUCGGUACGAUACACAGUGCAGGGUAUUUGCUUUGGAGUUGUAUGACUCUUCAAAAGUCGAGGUGCAGGACCAGAGAGCGGAGGAUUUGGAGGAAGUGUUUUGUUUUUUUUUCACUGCAAGACGUCCCAGACUGCAAACAGAUCCCACUGUCAAAUCAAUCCCAAAAUUCACAGAAAGCAGCUCUUUGACUGACAGAACACAGUCAUCUGUAGCCUUUUUGGGUGCCAAAUGCUAAGAUUUGCUUGAAAUUAUUUUCCAACUCCACUAUAUGUAUUGUGGUGUUUUUUUGUAUACAAAAUAUAGCAUUCAGAUGUAUUCUUACACACCUAGUACGCAAACCUGCACAGAUUUCAGUAGUUGGGGAACAGGAUGCUAAUAGUUUCAGAGACAAGCCAGUGAUUGUAUGUCACAAGGACAAACGCUGAGAAACUGCACGUGCCUUCAGAAGGCUAAAAGUUAAGCCAUCUCCCGCACACACAGUGAAAAGUCAGCUCUCCGUGGUACUACAGCACAUGUCUGUGGAAGUGAAGGACUCGUCCUUGCGUACACAAACACCCUAGUGAGCUUCAGGCUUUGGGGUUAAGCAGUGAUUGUCUUUGAUCCCUCCAAGCCUAGAAAACCUCAUUGCACCUCACCAGCCAUCUGGGCACUUCACCUCAGCUUUCCCACUUCCAAAUGCACAGACUUAAGGUUCUCUCUCCUGCUGUGACAGGGGCUAACGGUUAAGAGGAUUAGCUGGCUGUUGUGAUAGCUGCUAACUAGCAAGUGAGCCUGUAAGUUGUAAAAGUGGAUGGUGGCUGUCCAUGCAUCCUCCUUAAGUGCUGAGCGCAAAUGUAUAAAAAGGAGCUUCUUGGUGAUUUUCUGUACCCAGUUGAGGCAAAAUUCCACUUAGCUUUGUUUAACCUGUGAGGAAUACAGCAGUGAAGAGUUUUAACAAAUGAUACAGGACUUUUUGGGAAAAUUCGCUGAGAAGUUUUAUACCACCUCAUGUGUAUGGUAUAAGCUGAGGUAUAACCUGCAGCUGCUUCACUUUGAUGUAAGUCUGGAAUCGGGGGAAAAAAAAGCUAGAUUAAAGUAAAUUUGAAAAACGCCUGUGAGGACCUCUAAAGCAAACUAACACCUAAUUUACAUGUUAAAUCUGUGCAAAACGUAGAACAUAUAAAUGGCACAUUGUGGUUUCAUUGGAGCCAUUUGCUAUCAGUUUUUGUGCAGAUUUAUAAAAAUCAUGAGCUGCGAAGUCCAGAUUGGCAGAUUUAUUUAUUUUUUAAUCCUUUGGUCAGAGCCAGGCUAGCUGUUUCCAGUCAGUGUGCUAAGCCAAGCUAAUCUGUGUCACCAAACCAGCAAGAAAUAAGUAUCACGGUCUAUGUAGGAAAGUAUCUUAGAUGAUGUCCCAAAACUAUUCCCUCAAUUUCCUGUAACGUUAAGGUAGCAGAUGUGUGUUUUUUAUGUUCUGUGUGAGUGACAAUGAAGUUUUAAAUUCGGGUUCUCUUUGUGAAGAGCUGCCAAGUUCCCUGUGAUAAUGCUGUGUACCCAUGCUGGCUGUGGAGCGGCGGAGCUCGCUGUAGAAUGUGUGUGAACGGUGAAAAACAUCUGUGAGCUGUCUCUGCUUUAGCAGCAGUGUUUCUACAACUGGGAGUUUGGCAGCAAAGUAGCCCUUUAAGGUGGAUCACUGAAUUUAUAGCAACUUUUAAUGCUCUGGGGUGUCAGGGUAAAACAUAACUACAUGGUGUCCUGCUCUAGAAACUGUUGGGCAGCUUUGUUUGAUGAUGCUACUGUGGUUAGAAUCAAUAACAUCAACUGUGUCAGGAAGUUGUUGUUGUUUUUUUGUUUGCCUUAAGAAUAUGCUUUUACAUUUCAUCAAUCGAUCAUAUAAAUGAUUCACAUUUUCCAACAGUUGCAAUUUGGUUUUGAGCCCAGUGAAAUGAAACUGAACUGACUCUUCAUAUACACACACAAACACUACAUCUUAAAAAUGAAGUAAAAGCUAAUUUCACUGCUAAUUCAGCCAGAAUUGAGAGAAUAAAGCAUGUUGUAUUGAUUAAUUUCCACCAUCACAUGAACCCAUCGUCACUGUUAGGUAACCUACUCAUGCCCAUAUGUGAACUAAGUCUUUAUUGUUGUAAAUAUUGGUACAUAUUGCCUUUUUCUGUAAAUAGUGCACCCACAGUCCUCAAUUGUUGAUAUGAAUCUAAUGGCAUAUUUUUAUAUAUUUGUGUAAGGUUUUGUUUCUGUUUGUAUUUUCCCCUCCCUCCUUCCCUCCCUCUCCCCCUCUGGCAUGCACUGUCAGUCACGUUUAAAUUAUAACUGUCUUAGAUCUUUGGAAAAGAAGAAAAGAUGGCUUCAUGUUUCCACUGGCAGCCAUGUUCACUCCGAGACGUGUUGAUGUUUGCCUCGUUAUAAACAUUCACAGAAAGGACAACAACACACACACAAAAAAAAAGUUUCCGCGCAGCCACUCGCUCAUAACUCUGGUUGACAUCUUGCAGUCGUCAUGGUUACGGCCUAUCAGAGUUACUUCUUGUAUGUAGCUGUUCUCGUUUUGUCACUGUGGGUUCCUCUUUGUAAUUAAAUCAGUUCACUGGUG